AUGUCCUCUCACAGUCCCAUGCUGGAUACUAGCUCGGUGGCGACAAGCUUGACCGAUAAAUAUGCGCUUGCCGCAGACCCUGCGGCUUGGGGCACUGAUUUACACAACUCGGAACCCGACGACCAUAUACACGUCCCUGAAGUUCGAGAUGGGAAGGUGGUCGACCGAGCCAGCUUUGCGAUAUCUUUCCAAGGCUUUACGAAUAUUGGCUGUUUGCUCAUUCUCAGCUUGACCAUGAUUGGCUUGUUUAUGGGCUACCCGGUUGUCUCUCAUUUGACGAAACCAUCCACCAAUGUCAACUCCCUGACUUUCAAUGCAACUGGGCAGGUGCCCGCAAUCGGAAAUUUUGGUCUGAUAGACCUCGAUACCCCGAGCAAUGUGUAUACUAUCAAGUCGCUCAAAACGGGCAAGGAUAUGAGGCUUGUCUUUAGCGACGAAUUUAAUCAAGACGGGCGGAGCUUUUAUCCAGGUGACGAUCCCUACUGGGAGGCCGUGGAUCUUCACUAUUGGGCCACGAAUAACAUGGAGGUGAACACAACUUUUGACAUUCCGUUGAUGAAGCCUAGGUACGAUCCCUCAGCGAUCACCACAUCGAACGGUUCACUUAGAAUCACUCUGUCCCGAGAACGUAUUCACGAUCUGGAUUAUAAGGGGGGAAUGCUUUCGACCUGGAACAAAUUCUGUUUCACGGGCGGAUACCUUGUCGCGUCUGUUGUUCUUCCGGGGACUAACAACAUACACGGACUGUGGCCUGCCUUUUGGGCGAUGGGGAAUCUGGGUCGAGCGGGUUAUGGGGCUUCCUUGGAUUCGAUGUGGCCUUAUACUUAUGAUACUUGUGACGUCGGGACCGUUGCCAACCAGACUUUCAAAGGACUGCCCAUCCUUGCAACCACGAGCGGGGACAAGAAUCCGCCAUACAACGGAGAGUUGUCUUAUUUGGGAGGACAACGAUUGUCUCGAUGUACGUGUCCCGGAGAAAGUCAUCCCGGUCCAAUUCACGCAGACGGCACAUACGUCGGGCGGGCUGCUCCAGAGAUAGACGUCUUCGAAGCCCAGAUCUCCAACGGAGCCGGUCAGGUGUCGCAAUCCGGUCAAUGGGCGCCAUUCAACAACGGUUAUGUCUGGUUCAACACGAGCGAUAACCUAGUCAUCGCAAAUCCAUCCCUCUCUGAGCUGAACACCUACAUUGGUGGCGCAUAUCAACAGGCUACCUCUGUAGUGACAACGGUAGACCAAAAUUGCUACGAGCUUCGUGAUGGCUGCUAUUCUAUUUAUGGCUUCGAGUAUAAACCCGGAUUUGGCGAUGCGUAUAUCACUUGGGUGUCAGACAAUAAGAUUGCGUGGACCCUGAAUGCUGCUGGUAUGGCUGCUGAUCCUCAAGUUGAGAUUGGACCCCGCGCUGUCCCUCAAGAGCCAAUGUAUAUUCUUGCAAAUCUUGGAAUGUCAAGGAAUUUCGGUGCAGUUGACCUUGAUCAGCUGACUUUCCCGACGACACUCUCUAUCGACUAUGUCCGGGUUUAUCAGUAUCCUGACCAGAUUAACAUUGGAUGUGAUCCCCCCAACUUCCCAACUCAGGACUACAUCAAUACUUACAUCGAGGCAUACACCAGUAAUCCCAAUGUACCAUCCAGGCUCGUUUCUAACCUUUACUACCCAGAUCCCGAGUUGACAACCUGGGUCGAUGAUUACAAGCAGGUAAUGCCCAAAAACAAGUUCCGGGGAGAAUGUUAG